GAUUUUAUGUACAUAUAGUUGCACAAUCUUAGUCUUCAUUCUCAUUUUUCCUAACCACCAAACCAACAAUACUUCCAUGAAGUUGUGAAGUCCUUUCUUAUUUUUUAAUUACUUGCCUAGUUAAUUAUUAUCAUUUCUCAUUUUCAAGUAGGUUAAUGACUCUCCUAGUCAUCUCCUCAAAUAUGGUUCUUCCCUAAAUUCUCUUUCCUAUAUUUUUUGAUGUUCUAGACCAUUUCCUUAAUUUCCAAUUUAUUUAAAUACCCCUCUAUAUAUCUUCCUAAGUAAAGCAUAGUAAUUAGUACAAUCCUCUCUAUACUUCAAUAUGACCCUUUAUUCCAUGCAUUAUUUGCUUAAAUUUACACUACUUUCAUUAGCUUCACUAUAUUUUUUUGUUGAACCUGUUUUCUCUACCUCUAGAAGGGCCCUAGAUCAAGUCAAACCGACCCAAAUAGGCUUUCGGGUUGCCCUCAAACACGUCGAUCAUGGGUCAAACUACACCAAAUUCGAGCGGAUCCAACGGGGCAUCAACCGGUCAAAGACUAGAAUAGAAAAGAUGAAUGCAAUGGUCUUGGCUUCAAAUUUGGGCACCUAUGAUGUUGAAUCAAGAGUCCAUCCAGGUAACGGUGAGUUUUUAAUGAAUGUUGCUAUAGGAACCCCGCCUAACCCGUUUUCAGCGAUAAUGGAUACGGGUAGUGAUUUGGUUUGGACCCAAUGUAAGCCUUGUGAUGAAUGUUUUGAUCAAUCCACACCCAUAUUUGACCCAUCUCAAUCUUCCACUUUUUCUAAAGUGUCUUGUUCUAGUGACCUUUGUCAAGCCCUUCAUUCAUCUACAUGCCAAGAUGGGUGCCAAUAUAUGUACACAUAUGGGGACUACUCCUCAACCCAAGGGAUUCUAGCCACCGAGACGUUUACGUUUGGAGGGUCCGACAAAGUGUCGGUCCCGAACAUUGGGUUCGGGUGCGGGGCGGACAACGAGGGUAAUGGAUUCAACCAAGGUGCUGGCUUAAUUGGGUUGGGUCGUGGCCCAUUAUCCUUAGUUUCACAACUAAAUGAGCCCACAUUUUCUUAUUGCUUAACCUCAAUUGAUGGGUCCAAAACUAGCACACUAUUGAUGGGAUCCCUAGCUAGUGCCAACUCUACAUUAUCGGCUAGUAACUCUAAAGCAACAAAUGUCAUGACCACCCCACUACUCCACAACCCAUCACAACCCUCAUUCUAUUAUCUUAACCUUGAAGGGAUUAGUGUGGGGUCAACUCAUUUGUCCAUUAAGAAAGACCUUUUUACCCUUAGUGAUGACGGGACUGGUGGGAUGAUUAUUGACUCGGGAACUACAAUAACCUAUUUGGAGGAAAGCGCUUUUGACCAAGUGAAGAAGGCUUUCACCUCACAAAUGAAACUCCAAUUGGAUGAUUCAGGCUCAACCGGGCUUGACCUAUGCUUCAAAUUGCCUAAGGAUACAACGACUUUGAAGGUCCCGAAAUUUGUUUUCCACUUCAAGGAGGCGGAUUUGGACUUACCUAGUGAGAAUUACAUGAUCGGGGAUUCAAACAUGGGAAUAUUAUGCUUAGCAAUGGGGAAAUCAAGUGGAAUGUCCAUCUUUGGUAAUGUUCAACAACAAAACAUGAUGGUUGUCCAUGAUCUUGCAAAGGAGACACUAUCUUUUGUUCCUACACAAUGUGAUGCAUUAUGAUCAUCUUGCAUAUAUGCAUGAUCAUGAAUUCUUGUAAUUAUGAGUUAGUUUAUGGUUUUAUAUAGUUUCCAUGAAAUUAAAACCAAAUUGCUUCAUUAAAUUGUAUCCUUGGUAAGAGUAAAAGUGAUAUUGGCCAUCAUAUUACAUACAAGUAUAUGUCAAAUUGUCAAAAAUUCUUUCAUCUAUCAACUUUUUUC